GCCCGUGGUGUCGGUGUCUCCCGCGGCUGAGGCGGUCGAGAUGGCGGAAGGCGAGGACUGCGAGUCGGUCUUGUGCAUCAAGCCGGAGGUGCACGUCUACCGCGUGCCCCCGCGGGCCUCCAACCGUGGCUACCGUGCCGCGGAGUGGCCGCUGGACCAGCCGGCCUGGACCGGCCGGAUGCGCAUCACCGCUCGCGGGAGCGUGGCUUACAUCAAGCUGGAGGACAAGAACUCAGGAGAACUUUUUGCCCAGGCCGUGGUGGACCAGUUUCCUAGCGCUGCUGUGGAGGGUGUGACGGACUCAAGCCGAUAUUUUGUCAUCCGGAUUGAAGACGGGAAUGGGCGCCGCGCGUUCAUCGGAAUUGGCUUUGUUGACCGAGGUGAUGCUUUUGACUUCAAUGUGGCACUGCAAGACCAUUUCAAGUGGGUCAAGCAGCAGAACGAGUUAGCCAGAGAAGCCCAAAAUUCACCGCAGGGGCCCAGGCUUGACUUGGGCUUCAAGGAAGGGCAGACCAUCAAGCUCAACAUUGCGAAUAUGAAGAAAAAGGACAGUUCUUCGGGAAGUAGGCCACGACCUUCCGAUUCCACAGGACUCCCCCUUCUCCCCCGCCCUCCAGGGGGCAAGACGGCCCUCCUCCCCACCCUUGGAGAGCAGCUUCCCUCAGCAGAUGCUGCCAGGUCUCAGCCCUCACAGCCCCUAAGUUUUACAACAGACGCAUCUGCAGACAUUUGGGGAGACUUCACCAAGGCUUCUGGGUCUGUCUCUCAGCCACCGCAGAACUCGGGUUGGGUCCAGUUCUGAAGCGGAGGGGGCGGCCCGAAGGCCAAGGAGGGGCCCUUCUCUUUGCUAGUCCAGAGGUCGGGAGGACGGGUCUUGCCCCACUGGCCCUCCAAGGGAUCCUCUUCCUGGAUUGGCUUGGACUUGGCCUCAGGCAUGGUGGGAAGGCGAAGGAGGGAGCCCUGCGAGUCCUCCCACCCAGCACUGGAACUUUCACGGGGGAGGGGACGAGACACGGUUUCUGCUCCAACUCCAGCUGCUUGCUUCCAAAGCGAAGACCUCUUGCCUGCCCUUCUGCCUUUCCCUUUUUCCAGCUGUGCCUUUUUCCCUGCCAAGAGGAGUAACGAACUGUUCUUCGGCCAGGGGCGUCCCCAACAGGCCAUGUCCCUCCGCUGACUCCGCCCCAGGGCCUGCAGAAAGAGCCACCGCGGGGGAGGAUCACAGCUGCCAGCCCUCUGGCGGUCUGGCCCUGCGCUGGGUUCCGCUGGUGCAAGUUUUCCUCCCAGAGCGCCCCAGGACUGGGCCUUGUCCUCGGAAGGGGCUCUGGCAGCGUGUUCAGUACCUCCACAGCAACACUGAAAUACUCUUCGCUCAGCCUUGUCCUGUGUGCGUGCAGGGGGGAAAGGUUUGAACUGCUUUGGGAGGAGGAAGGGACACAAGUGCAAAUGCAAUCCCCUGGGUGAUUAGCUCUCUUUCGGUG